GAAGUUAUUUAAAAAAACUUUAAGAUUGCAAAAUGUCUGUUGGAAUAGAAUUAUUAAUUACAGAAGAACCUCAUCUUAUACCAGGAUACACUGGUUAUUGUCCGCAAUAUCGAUUUAGAUGCGGCGAAACGUACGCAAAAGCCACGCAUAAACUGUUGCUCGAUCGUACGGUUAAUCAUGAGAAUACCUUUAUCCUGUCGAAUCGUGUAACUCGCGAUUGCCAGCUACCGCGAAAAAGCGAUAUAGAUACAGUGAAUGCUCGUUUCAAAAGAACGGAUCCUAUCUUCGUUCAUCCUAUGUUGCCAGGAUACGAGGGUUUUAUUCCGAGAUUGAACGCUAGAAUCGGACAGAGAUAUACAGUGCUCGCAACAGAAGGACUUGCAGAAUUCGAGCGGGAACAAUUACGAAAUAAGGCUGCUCUAAGUCAACUGCGAAAAACGAUCGAUGAACAAAGCGAACAAAGUAAAUCGCAAAAUUUAAAGGGAUGUCCGGAAAGAAGCUGGCGAAUGUACGAUAAUAGGAUGGCAAAACGAGAAAACUUUAUUGAACCAAAUUAUUGAUAUUAGCUCACGCGAGUCAAG